UGCUGCUUCCGCGGGCCAGGGCCGCGAUGCUCCAACCCGGGAGACACCCGGCCAUUCCGGGGCAGCCGCGGCGGCCCCACCUCGACAGCCAUCUCGGGAAGCGCGGCGCCUGCUGGGACCUUCCGAUGCCUUCGUUCGCCCCUCCCGGCUAGCCCCGCUCCGCUCCGAUCCGCUCCGCCCCGGUCCUGCCUCCUCCUCGCUCUGCCGUAGCCGCUGUUUCCGGCCCGGCCCGGUGCGGCGCUGCCCAGGCAGUCGCGGAGCGAGGACUGUCGGUGGUGCUUUGCUUCGGGAUUCGUAUCCGUACCCGUACCCGUGCCCGUGUUCCUGUGCACCGCGUCCUCCACAGCAAGUACGCCCUUUCCCCGCGCUGGGGCGACACCGGGGUCCGGCGGAGCAGGUGCGCGGGACUGAGGUGUCUCUAAAAAAAAUGUGCUGUGAGUCAAAAAGGUUUUUGCUCCUCUAUGCAACACAAAAGGGGCAGGCAAAAGCCAUAGCUGAGGAAAUAUGCCAGCAAGCAGAUGCCCAUGGACUUGAAGCUGAUAUGCACUGUAUAAGUGAAAUGGAAAAGUAUAAUCUGGAAACAGAAAAGGAUCCUGUAGUUAUUGUUAUUUCCACUACUGGAACAGGAGACCCACCAGACACUGCCCGCAAGUUUGUAAAGAAAAUUCAAGACAAGACCUUACCUCCUGACCAUUUCACACAUCUCCAGUAUGGAUUACUAGGUCUGGGAGAUUCAGAGUACAUGUUCUUUUGUAAUGGUGGAAGGACAGUAGACCAACGACUUCAAGAACUUGGUGCCCAACACUUCUAUGACACAGGAUUAGCAGAUGACUGUGUAGGUUUGGAAUUAGUGGUUGAUCCUUGGAUUGAUGGACUUUGGCUUGCCCUCAAGAAAGCAUUGCAAUUGCAGAAAGAGAAAGAAGGCAUGAACAAUGCUGUCAAGGCUGUUUCCAGCUCUCUGUCUCCAGCUCCACAUGCUGUGCAUGAACUAAAGCUAAGCUCUGAAGCACAGAACUUGAAGCUAGAAGAUGAGGGAGUAAGGGGUUCUGGUGUUCUAUCACAGAAACUGGAUGACAUCAAUCUUGUGGCUCCAGCUAGAGGCACCAAACCUUCACUUGUUCAUUCUGUCCCUCCUGUCUCUCAGUCUGCUCUUAAUAUUCCUGCUCUGCCACCAGAAUAUAUUGAAGUGGAGUUUCAGGACACCCAGGGUGAGAAUCCACAUCUGUCUUCACUUAUUUCAGAGGGAACAACCUUUGAAGUGCCAGUUACAAAAGCAGUUCAGCUCACUAGGGAAGAUGCGAUAAAGACUACAUUGCUCUUAGAGCUUGAUAUUGCAGAUACAGCCUUUGGAUACCAACCUGGAGAUGCCUUCUGUGUAAUAUGUCCCAACAAUGUCUGUGAAGUGGAAGAGCUUCUUCACAUUUUAGGACUUACUGAAAAAGGAGAUGACUUUGUUUGUGUAAAAGUCAAGCAGGGCACUAAAAAGAAAGGAGCAUCUUGUCCACAACACAUCCCUGGAAGAAGCACUCUCAAAUUCAUUCUAACCUGGUGUCUGGAAAUAAGAGCAAUUCCCAAAAAGGCAUUUUUGCGAGCUCUUGUAGAGUGUACCAGUGAUGCGGGAGAAAAACGGAGGCUUCAAGAGCUUUGCAGCAGACAAGGAGCCUCUGAUUACAAUAGCUUUAUUAGAGAUUGUAAUGUUUGCCUCCUGGAUUUACUUCAUGCUUUUCCAAGCUGCAAGCCUUCACUUAGCCUGUUAAUUGAAUAUCUUCCUAAAUUACAAGCCAGAUCCUACUCAGUGUCAAGUUCAAACUUGUAUCAGCCAGGAAGGCUGUGCUUUGUAUUUAAUGUUGUGGAGUUCCCUGCUGGUCCCUCUAGACCAGUCUCACGGAAAGGAGUAUGUACAGGGUGGCUUGCUGAGUUAGUUGCACCUCUACUGCACCCCAGUAAAAACUCUCUGGAUACAGGAGAAAGCUCUUCAACUGAAAAGAUCUGUAUUUUUCCUCGCCCAAACAAUGCUUUCCACUUACCUGCAGACCCAUCUGUGCCAUUCAUUAUGGUUGGUCCAGGAACAGGAAUUUCACCAUUUAUUGGUUUCCUACAACAUAGAGAUGAACUCCAAUGUUUUCUUGAAAACGGUACUUUAACUCAUCUUAAGGUUUGUUUCUCAAGAGACUCUUCAACUGCGGAAGUGACCCCACCUAAAUAUGUGCAAGAUGUCCUUAGGCUGUGUGCUAAGGAAGUUGCCAGCGUCCUGCUGAAAGAGAGAGGUUACUUCUAUAUAUGUGGAGAUAAGAAGCACAUGGCUGAUGGUGUAAGUGAAGCCAUAGUAGACAUUUUAAGCAUGGAAAUGGAAGCUGACACAUUGGAAGCAAUGAAAAUACUUGCCAUGCUUCGAGAAGCAAAACGAUAUUUGCAAGAUGUUUGGAGCUAAAUGCUUAGCUUUUUCUGUAUCAUUGUAGUACAAAAUACUUCCUUUUACACAUAUGUUCUUGAUUAAAAGUUACCACCAAAAGUUCUGUCAGUAGUCGCACAAAGGUUAACUUUCUCUAUUGACCUUUCCAACAGGAACAUGAAACCUUUGAAAUGACAACAAGCCAGGCUGGCCUUUGAAGUGUAUGGUUUUUGGUUUUUUGGAGAUGUUUCAUAAUGGACUGUCUCAGUGCCUUGAUUUUCUCCCCUUAAGAUUGGGUUGCUGUAUAAACUAAAAACUUACGCACUUUUACAAGCAUAAUGGUAUAUUGACAUUACAUCAUGUAUUUUUUCCUAUAAUAUAUACAUAAAGAAGCUACAGAGUAAUUAUGUUACGCACUGAUCAGUACAUCAUGAAAUACAUUACUGACUUACCAAGAUUUAUGUGAACACUUCCUAAAUACUUCCUGAGACUGCUUAUAUUUUUUCUUCUUGCACAGUGACAAUAACUGCCAAAAAGAAUGAAUGUCCAGGAUGUUGCACAGAAAGGUUGGUGAAAAAUUUCAACUCCAAAGUUUUCUUUAAAUAAUAAGCUUUUUCAUCACAUCAUUAUAUCAUGUCUCAAAAUUUGCAACACACCAUUCUAAUGCUUAUUAGAUCUUCAUAAUUAUUUUGAAAAUGUUUUCAUUUCCAUCUCUGGUAUGUUUGUGAUUUAAUUUAUGAGCAAACUCACCAGCUGUGUUGAAUUUGAUUGAUGGAACAAUAUUGCUCGGUAUAUAUUUUGUCAGAUUACUUAAUUAAUCUUCUUAAAUUGAAGACACAGAAAAUAUGGUGUUUAGAAAUUAGUUGCCCUUACAUAUGGCCGCCUACUGCAAAAUAAAGUGGCUGAAAGCAAA